AGAGUGAAAGAUGGAACCUGCGGAUCAAUACUUAAUAGUAAUAUAGCUGAUUCUUGAACCCAAAGCUUUGCCAUUACCAAACUCUGCAGCCUUUUCUUUUAAGCAAAUACUCACACCAAAGUUCCUUCUCAUCAUUCUCCCUCUAUCUUUCUUUCUUCCUCUCUGUCAGUACUUAGUUGCUUGGCAGAGAACUCAAACCCAAUGCUUUCAGCUGCCAGUAGACCGAGUAUCUUACUCAUAAUACACACAUUCUAGUAAUCCAAGUAACUUCAAAAGUUUCACUCACACUGAAGGGACCAUCAAUGGGUUCGUUCCAAUCACCUGCUGGGAUGCGAAGUUCUGCAUUGUUAGAAACAUCAUGCGGUUAUCUACUUCAAGAAUUGCAGAUAAUAUGGGAUGAAGUUGGUGAGGAUCAGUUUGAAAGGGAGAAGGUUCUCCUGGAUUUAGAACAUGAGUGUUUAGAAGUUUAUAGAAGAAAGGUUGACAGUGCAAAUAUUUCGAGAGCUCGCCUGCAUCAAGAGUUAGCAGAAUCUGAAGCAGAGUUUACUCAUCUCCUUCUGUCACUUGGUGAACGAUCUCUCCCUGGACGGCCAGAAAAAAUGUCAGGAACACUUAAGGAGCAGCUAGAUGCAAUCACCCCAGCUUUGCGGGAAAUGAGGUUAAGAAAAGAAGAGAGAGUGAACCAGUUUCGAGCUGUGCAAGGGCAGAUUCAAAAAAUCUCCGCAGAAAUUGCAGGUCAAUCAGUAUAUGAUGACUCGAUAACAAAUGUUACAGUAAACGAGAAUGAUCUUUCACUAAAGAAACUAGAGGAAUAUCAGAUUGAGCUGCAAAGGCUCCAUAAUGAGAAGAAUGACAGGCUCCAGCAAGUGGAGACAUAUAUAGACACGAUCCACAAAUUGUCUGCCACAUUAGGGAUGGAAUCAUCCAUGAUCAUAACAAAAGUUCAUCCUAGUUUGAAUGAGUUGUGUGGAAUAUCCAAAAACAUAAGUGACAGUAUUUUGGCCAAACUCAACAGCACUGUUGAAUCACUCAAAGAAGAUAAACAAAAGCGGCUUGAAAAGCUUCAUCAUUUAGGAAAAGCAUUAACAAAUCUUUGGAAUCUAAUGGGCACACCCUAUGGAGAUCGCCGGCAGUUUUCCCAUGUCACUGGCUUGUUAUCCCUCUCAUCAUCUGAAGUGUCAAAUCCAGGAAGCCUCACCCUAAAUAUAAUCCAGCAGGCUGAAGCAGAAGUUAAAAGACUGGAUCAGUUAAAAGCAAGCAAAAUGAAAGAGCUUUUCUUCAAGAAGCAGAAUGAACUAGAGGAGAUAUGCAAUAAAUCGCACAUGGAGAUCCCUUCACGAUCAGAGAUGGAUAAUAUAGUCAGCCUAAUAAAUUCAGGGGAGAUUGACCACGCCGAUCUCCUCAUGAGCUUGGACGAACAGAUAACAAGAGCAAAAGAAGAAGCCUCUAGCAGGAAGGAAAUAAUGGAAAAGGUCGAAAAGUGGAUUUUAGCACGUGAUGAGGAGCGCUGGUUAGAAGAAUAUAGCAUGGAUGAUAAUCGAUAUACAGUUAGCAGAGGUGCUCACAGAAACCUGAGACGUGCAGAACGUGCCCGAUUAAUAGUCAACAAAAUCCCAGUUUUGGUGGCUUCGCUCAUAGCAAAGACUAAGAAUUGGGAAGAAGAAAGAAACAAAGUAUUUUUGUUUGAUGAUGUACCUUUGUUGGCAAUGUUGGAAGAAUAUAACAUGUCAAAGCAGGAGAGAGAGGAGGAGAAGCAAAGACAAAGGGAAAUGAAGAAAGUGCAAAGCCAAGUAGUGGUUGAGCAAGAUAACGCGUUCGGAUCCAGGCCAGCUACCGGCAGUCGACGUCCUUCAAACAGGAGCUUGAAUGGAGGCUUAAGCAACGCGGCCCCAUUAAACAGAAGAGUUUCUUUGAGCAUCCAACAACUGGGAACCAACAGCAUCAAUUCUGCAAUUCAAGGCAUAUCCUUUAUAAAAGAAGGAAAGAAAUUGCAGGGACAAAAAAUGUUUGCUGGACCACCUGGCUUGGCUUCUUAUCUUCGAGAUGAAACAGCUUCAGUAGUCUCAACAUUUUCUGGCCCUAUAUCUCCCUAAAUUUCAAGUCACAUAAUUUAUCUCCGCAUGCAUUGAAGAGUCAUAAAAUCAUAGAGAUUAGUUAAGAAAAGCAUAUUCAGUGGAACAUUAUGUUAGAAUUUGCAUAAUAAUAAUAAUUAAACAUAUCACAUCAGUUUGAGAAAAUAUUUGAGCAUUACGUAUCUAAGAUUGUUAAUUCUUUCCUACUACAAAAAGGUAUAGUGCAGUAAUAAA